UAGGUACCUUCCUCCGGAGACCUUUGUUCUUGGCCACAAUCCACCGAAAAUCUGUUCGAAAGUGGAUGUUUGGAGCGUUGGCGUCAUAUUUUACCAGUGCUUGUAUGGUAGACGACCAUUCGGGCACGAACAAACGCAGCAAAAGAUUCUUGAGGAGAACACGAUUUUGAAAGCGACUGAAGUUACUUUCCCUCCAAAACCGGUGGUUACAUCUGUGGCACAGGACUUCAUUCGCCGCUGCUUACAGUAUCGCAAGGAGGAAAGGGCAGACAUUUUUGAGCUUGCGAAGCACGAAAUUUUCCGUCCGCGUGGCCAGGUAAUGCCUUUUCUUCGCAUUUUUUACUAG